CUACUGCGGGUUUGCACAGAGAAGUAGUUAUGUGGAAAUCUAAAUAACUUGUGAGUUUAGAAGAAAGAUAUCGAAAAUGGUGGUGUUGUAGCAGUAGGAUGUGGUCCUAAUUAUUGUUGUAUUGUAACGAAGCAAGAAGGACGUUGCCUUUUAUAAAUACUUGUUGUAUUGUUGUAUUCACUAUUCACACCAUUGCAGUCGUUGGGCAGUUCAACAUGACUUUUUCCCUCUUCUGUUGUCUCCUUUUCCUUCUUUCUGUGUUUUCUACCUCUCUUUGUGAUUCCCUCCACCACCCUCACUUUGCCACUCACAACUACAGAGAUGCUCUCACCAAAUCCAUUAUCUUCUUUGAGGGCCAGAGAUCAGGGAAGCUCCCUUCCAACCAGAGAUUGUCUUGGAGGAGUCACUCUGGUCUCUCUGAUGGCUCGGCCAUGCAUGUUGAUUUGGUUGGAGGGUACUACGAUGCUGGAGACAAUGUCAAGUUUGGUUUUCCCAUGGCCUUCACCACCACCAUGCUUUCGUGGAGUGUUGUUGAGUUUGGUGGGGUCAUGAAGGGUGAGUUGCAGAAUACAAGAGAGGCCAUUCGUUGGGCCACAAAUUAUCUUCUCAAAGCCACUGCACAUCCAGACACCAUUUAUGUUCAGGUGGGAGAUGCAGUGAAGGACCACGCUUGUUGGGAGAGACCUGAGGACAUGGACACCCCAAGAAGUGUCUUUAAAGUAGAUAAAAACAACCCUGGUUCAGAUGUGGCUGCAGAAACUGCUGCGGCUCUUGCAGCUGCUUCUCUUGUUUUCAAAAAAACCGACCCCACCUACUCCAAAACUUUGGUUAGGAGGGCUAUCCGUGUUUUCCAGUUUGCUGAUAAAUACAGAGGGCCCUACAGCAAUGGCUUGAAGCCCAUUGUGUGCCCCUUCUAUUGCUCCUACUCUGGUUAUCAGGAUGAACUGUUGUGGGGUGCUGUUUGGCUUCACAAGGCUACUAAGAACCCAAUGUACCUAAACUACAUUAAUGUAAAUGGACAAACCCUUGGGGCUGCAGAUUCUGACAAUAUCUUUGGAUGGGAUAACAAGCAUGUUGGAGCUAGGAUACUACUUUCCAAGGAAUUUCUUGUUCGGAAGGUGCAAUCCCUGCAUGACUACAAGGGUCAUGCAGACAAUUUUAUUUGUUCUGUUAUCCCUGGCUCCUCUUCUGCUCAAUUCACCCCAGGUGGUCUUCUGUUCAAAAUGGGUGAUAGCAACAUGCAAUAUGUCACGUCCACCUCCUUCUUACUCUUGGCUUAUGCUAAAUACUUGACCAAGGCCCAUAUGGUAGUGAACUGUGGUGGAACCACUGUAACUCCAAAGAGGCUCCGAACUAUAGCCAAAAAACAGGUGGACUAUUUGCUAGGAGACAACCCCUUGAAGAUGUCCUAUAUGGUGGGGUAUGGUCCACGUUACCCACGAAGGAUACACCACAGGGGCUCAUCGCUGCCGUCCAUUGGUGUUCACCCUGGGAAAAUCCAAUGCUCAGCGGGAUUCAGCGUGAUGAACUCGCAAUCACCCAACCCCAACAUCCUAGUGGGUGCCGUAGUUGGAGGGCCAGAUCUGCAUGAUAGGUUCCCAGAUGAACGGUCAGAUUAUGAGCAAUCAGAACCUGCGACUUAUAUUAACGCUCCUCUCGUGGGCGCGCUUGCAUAUCUCGCACACUCGUUUGGCCAACUCUAGGGAACUGUGUGCGUGCAUCUCUUGUUUUUAAUUAUAUGAAAUAGUUAGUUUUAAGCGGAUUGGCUAGUUUUAUUUCCUUGGAAUUGCACAAGGUAAGGGAGGUGAAACCCCUAACCUUGAACCACUUUGUUCAAGCCAAAAUAGAUAUAGCCUUGUUUAUUUAUUUUCCACCUUGUUUGUGUUGAACGCAUGAUUUUAGUGGAAGAAGGUUUAUGUUUU